GGCCUUCCCUGCGGUGUCUGCUGGGACCUGUAGUUUCAAAAGGCCGGACGGGGCUGCGUGACAAGCCAGUGGCGGCGGCGGCGGCGUCGCGGGCAACUUGAGACGACCGCUGUGGUGGCGAGGCUGCUUCCACACAACAGGAGUAAUACUUGCUGAUAGAUUGCAUACACUGUGCUACUUCUGGAAACUGCAUGGGACCUGUUCCUAUCAUUGUAUAUUUGAAGGGAAAAGUUAACGAAUGAUCGUUGUUUAAAUUCUGCAAUCAAGAACAGUACAUGUUCUUAAGCUGUCUAAUGAAGAAUGGCUACCCCAUACGUUCCUGUUCCAGUUCCCAUAGGAAGUUCUACUUGUUUUGCAACGAAUAGAAACCAAAGAAGAUCAUCUCUUGGGAGCAUUUCAACAAGUUCAAGUUCUUCCAAAGGGCAGCUGGAAGACUUUUCUAACAAUAGCUUUAAAAAGAUGAGUGUCCCAGAUAAAAUUGGUGCUACUUCAUCUCCUUGUAACAGCCCUCUUGUUAGGACUAAAUUUGUUGGUAUGAACUCAUCUAUGGAAUACUGUACUCAACCCUCAGAAGAUACCACACAAAAUACAGACUCUGGGAGCUGGGAAGAUCGGCCUACUACACCUACGAUACUAGGGUAUGAAGUGAUGGAAGAGAGAGCAAAAUUUACUGUUUAUAAAAUCCUUAUUAGGAGAAAUCCUGAGGAACACUGGGUGGUUUUCAGAAGGUAUGCAGACUUCUCCAGGCUUAAUGACAAGCUGAAAGAUAUGUUUCCGGGUUUUCGACUGGCACUUCCACCAAAGCGCUGGUUUAAGGAUAAUUACAACCCUGACUUUCUGGAAGACCGACAGCUGGGACUGCAAGCAUUCCUACAGAAUUUAGUUGCUCACAAAGACAUUGCUAAUUGUCUUGCAGUAAGGGAGUUUCUUUGUUUGGAUGAUCCACCAGGGCCUUUUGAUAGCCUGGAAGAGAGCAGGGCCUUUUGUGAGACUCUGGAGGAAACAAACUAUCGCCUGCAAAAAGAACUUGCUGAAAAACAAAGGGAAGUGGAAGCUCUAAAAAAAAUAUUACAUGAAAAAGAAGGCUACAUAGAUGCUAUGGAGAAAAGAAUUAGGGAUUUAAAUGUAAAGGAAACAAAGUCUCGUAAGCUGUCAGGAGAAGAAAGUGAGUGCAGUGGAGAAGUGGAAUCUUCUGCAAUAGAGGCAGAUCAAGGUGGCCUGGGUGAAGAUAAUUGUUCAGAAAAAGCGAAUGAGGAACCAUCAUGGAGUAGUUCAGUGGCAGAAGAUCCUGUACCAGAAAUUGAAGUUGCUGAGGUAGCAUGUGCCGUAGAUGAAGAGAUGUAAAUUACCCCAGUUGCUGUUACAAAAUAAUAAUGACAAUGACUGAAGCAGUUGGAACAAAAGCAUAUAAUAGUUCUGAAUCAGGUACAGCAGGUAAGAAGGCCAGUCUAAGUAAACUUCUAGCAUAGGAAGUAUAUGUGCUGCUUUGAUUCAUCUGUUAUCUAGCCUUUAGAUAUAUUUAAUAUAUUAUAUGUGUGUGUGUAAGUUCUGGUUAAGGCCAGCUCAAAUUAUGCCUAGAAUUCUAAGUAAAGGACAGAAAUGUUUAGCAAUGUGUAAAGGCUAAAAGGUCAAAUCAGUAGAGACCAAUCAUGUUUGUUUAUCAUGUGACACAUUGCUGCAAGUCAUAUGUUUGCUACUAACAGAUGAUACAUCUUGUAUAGGCAGCAUUCUGGCAUCUAUUAUAUUUUUUACAAAUUCUUUAUAUAGGCAUAUAAUUUUAUGCUUUUGGAAAGAUAGUUAUGCCAUCUAGGCUUAAUAAAAGAAUGUGAUCAGUUUUGGAUUUUAAAGUCAUAAAUGUAAAUAACUGAUACGUAAAUUUUUAAUGCAUUAAAAAUAGGAAUGCUUGCAAUACCAAAAGAAUGUUUCACAAAUGGAAGUGUGAUUGAAAGACUUUAUGAUGAAAAUCAACUCAGUGAAAGUAAACUGUAGAACCCAACCACACUGUGGAUGUUCACCUGUAUGAGGAAAAGUAUAAAAACUGAUUAACUUUUAUUUUUAUUAAACCUUCUGACACUUUUGCCACAAUGCCACGUAAUCAUCAAGUCAACAACUUUGCCUUAUAUAAAGAACACUACCUCUUUGUUGCUGAUGCAUUGCAUUUGUUUAUCUGUAUAUUGUAUGCAGAUAGUUUGGGUUCUUAAGACCAUGGUUCUCCUGCACAGUUAAUUAACUAGGUAAAAUCUAGUUGCAUUUUUUUCCUUUUUAAAAUUACGGACACAUGGGAACUUGCUGUAAUGUGUUUGUGUAGCCUAUUUUUCAAUUUGUAUUAAAUCUAACAGUGCACUUUAUAAUAAAAAGACUUACUGUGCCAAGUUCAUUGGCUUUUUUUUUAAAGAGUUGGACCCUUGAGAUUUAGGAAGGUGGGAAAAGAAUUGCGUAGCUGUACCUUCUUGUUAUUUUCCUUGUUCCAGGCAUUUGUUUGGGUCAGCUUUAUGAAAUCUCCAAAAACUUCUGGACAGCAGUUGUUUGCUCAAAGUGCCUUGUUUUGUCUGGUCUUCUGGUAGGAAGAAUGCUGUUUUUGUUUUCCUCUGUGCAAUAUACUCUUUUGUUCUGUUAACAUGCAAUCACAAUGUGCUGGAGGAUUUUUUCAAUGCUCACUUUAUAUUUUGGAGCAUAGGGACAACAUGUAGAACUGCAUAAAGCUGUCUGGGAAAAUAAACUUUUUGGACAUUA